GCCGGGGCUGGGGCCGGGGAGCGCGCGCAGCGGAGGCAGAGCCCAGGGACCCGCCACCGCGCCCGCGAGUCCGGCCCAGGUCGGCGCCCCCGGGUGCGGGAACCUGCCCCGCCGGCUUGUGGGGCGAGCGGGCUCCGGCAGUCAGGGCAGCCGUGUCCUCCCUGUCCGCUAGGCACAGGAGAGCCGCCCUUCGCUCCCCCGGCUCCUGGGGGCUCACACAAGUGUGCUAGCGAGAGUUAGGGGCUCAAAUGCCGCAGCCCCGGGGCCCAGGGCGGUGCCAGGGGCUGCGAGCAGCGAGGGCACGAGGGAGGCCCGAGCACCCGGGGCCGCUGGGCCGAGAGCUUCCAGCCAGGGCUUCCCUGGAGCAAGGGCAUCUCCUGCUGAUCCAACUACCUCUACCUGUGCAACGUGCAGGUUUUGGUGGACGACGAUCCAGACAGCACCAGCCUUACUGAGGAGUCUGGAAAGCGCAAUAGAUGAGGAAAGGCUGGAAGAACUGGGAUUGCUUAAUGGGGGGGAGGGGAAUAUGGUUUGCAGGCCACAUUUGGUCCGCCAGGCGAUUUCAUUCGGCUACCAAUUAAUUACAUCCAGCCCAGCCCAUGGCCGGCUCUGCUGUGCUCCUGGUGGGGUUGAGUCCUGCCUGUUCCCCGCCGGGCAGCGCGCUACCAUUCCCGCCUUGUGCGCAGGAGGGGCCCAGCUGCUUGGCUGCCCUCUUCCCCCCAGAGGCGCCUCAUGUCCCUGCUGCAGCACUCUGGGCAGCAGGCAGGGACGUGGCGGUUGGUGGGGGGAAGCUGGGCAGGCGCAUGGAGCCCACGUCAGCCCGGUUCCACUGCGCGGCACGGCGCGGCGCAGCUCCUGUGCAGCUCCCAGGACUUGUAGCACCACAAGCCCCAUGUGAUGGACCCGGCAGCCUUCCCCACUCCCUGCUGCCACAUGCGGCUCCCAGGACUCCGCUGGGCAUGACAGACCCCCAUGCAAUAGAGCCAGGCUGGUUCAUCCCUGCUCCCCGUUUCCUGAUGGAGUCCUGGGAGCUGCACAUGUCAGCAGGGAGCGGGGCCAGGCUGCCAAUUCCAUCACAUGGGACUUCCCUCUCCCCCAGCCUGCAAUGCGCAACUCUGGCCAAGUCCUGAGAGCUGCACAUGAUAUGCAGGGAGCCCCGUGCAAUGGAGCCAGCAGCCUGGCCCCACUUUCUGCCACCACGUGCAGAUCCUGGAACUGGUUGGAGCCCCGAACUGCACAGGCCAUGAGCACCCCAAGGGCCAGCCCCGGCUGCUGCUCUUGUGAGCAGCGGGGGCUGUGCACCAUGGGGGGCGUGUGGGAGGGGCCCCCACACACACCACCUCCACAACCCCCCCAUCCCACACCAUCCCCCCAAGCCCCCCCACUCCCUAACACAGCCACACCCCCCACAAACCCUACACCCACCCACCCACACACGAUAUGCAAGAAUAAGAGAUUAUUUUGAGCUAUUAUGCAAUCACCUCUAUAUACACUAUGCAAACACAUGUACAUCAGGACAAAAGUAUUUUUUGAAAUAAAAUUAAAAUACAAGAGACCCUCGCUAUUCAUGGAGGAUACGUUCUCGUAUCCCCCGCAAAUGGCGAAAUCCAUGAAUAAGGCACUGCGUUUAUGAUUGCCAUCUGCAUUCAUGAACACGGUGCCCCUGGUGGCUGUGGGGGGCACGGCUGUGAUGGCAGGGGCGCAGUAGUGGUGGGAGCCCAGAGGUGGCAAGUGCCAAGCUUAAGGCCAAGUUGCCUUAAAAGGGGGCAACUUCUGGUGGCAAAGGUCAGGGGCUAGGGGGCAGGACUUCCAGUCCCGAGAUGGCAGCCAGGGAGUGGGGCACCCGUCAAGGGGCAGAGCUACUGUUGUGCCCCUUGACAACUCAUCAAACCUUGUUAAGUGGCCCUCCAGCCAAAAUAAUUGUCCACACCUGGCUUAAUCCCAAACAGGGGAGACUGAGAGGGGGAUUUGACAACAGUCUUUGAGUGUAAAUAAUGUUGUUGAAUGGUGACAGAUUCGGGUCCCAGGGGUGGCCGCAGCAUGUACAGCUCCUGCCUGGCCUCUAACUCGAGGGGCCGUUACCUCCUUUGCUCCCCUGCCACACCUUUGAUGUUGUUAUUAGGAAAGGAGGGAGGCUGCCCAUGGGACCUAGAGAGAUCCUGUCAUUGUUCCCAUGUCAGGCUUCGGCCUUCUUGGCCUCUGGUCAUUUUGCUCUCGCUGAGCCCUCUAGCCCUAGUACACUGACCAAAUGAGCUUUGGCCUUCCCAGUUUUUUGUCUGCCUUCCAAGGCCUUUAUCUGUGCCCUCUCUCAGGCUGCUGAGCCUCCCUGGGCUCUCUGUCUCUCUCUACCUGGGCCCCAGGACCUGUCUGCCCUGCUGUGGGCCUUUGGCCCUCUGGCCCCUAAAUCCAACUCUUGCCCCUCUUUGGGCUCUGGGCUUCCUGGCCCCAGUCCCCAGGCCUAUCUAUUCCAAGGCCUACUUCACCCCUCCCGGGUGCUAUGGGAUCACCUCUCACAGGCUCUAUAAGAUUGCCCCUGUGGGCAUGCUGGGUGUCCCCCCACAGGCACUGUGUGAUUGCUGCACCCCACUAUGCACUCUGGGACCGUCAAGCCACCCCUAACAGUCCCCCCAAAUCACCAGGCACUAGACCCUGUUGGUCCCCCCUGGGGCCAGACAAAACUGAAACCAAACACAAGCUGUUCUGGCUAUAACAAAACUACUACCCAACCUGGGUCUUAAUCAGCUGCUAGACCUCAGCUUCCCCAGCUGUCUCAGGGCCUGGCACACUCCUAGUUUGCUUCCCAGUUACAGGCACCUCCAAAAACCUCUGUCCCUGCCCAACUUCCAUGGUCAAGUUUCCUGCCCUAGCUCUGGUCCUGCCUUAUAUCUCUCUCCCAGGGCACUGCCCCUUUCUGGUCAGGUGACUCGUUUGGGUUGCUUGCAAGUACCUGCUAAUUAAUCGCCUUGGUUCAUCUCUCUGGCAACCCAGUACUAGCUGCACCCUGCCUGUCCCCCAGGGCUCUCCUUGGGCUGUUUCUCCUUUAAAGUGGCAGAGCCCCAGGCUCUCUUACAGUCCCUGAGAGGGGCUGUAGUAUCUCCAGCAGUGGAAAUUUUCAAACACAAGUUACACAAGUGUUUGUUUGGGAUGGUUUGUACAAAGACUUCCCCUUGGCUAGGGAUUUGGACUAGACAAUUGAGAAGUCCCUCUCAGUUCUGUUUAUCCAUGUCUCUUUGCCAUCUUUGCCAGGUUUCAAGCUGAGAGUUAACCACACUGCAGGGUGUAGAGAUGGCCCAGGCUGGACUUGCAGUUAAGGCCAGAGUAUCCAAGGCACUCAGUCCAGAGAACCCAGCAGUGCCUCUGUGAUGCUUGUGGGCGGAUUUUCCAAAGGCUCUGCAUCCAGCCUGGCACCUGCAGCACUUAAACAGUCUGGAAACCUGGCCCAGAAAAAAUCCCUGCUUUGAGUACUUGCCAUCUGUACAUGCAGGGUUGCUCUGUAUGCUGGGGGCACCAGUGCUGAUCAGCACGGCUGGUUCCCCAUGAGGAUGAAGCCAGAGCCUUUGCUAAAUUGAACGCACCUAUGUUCUGGUUUUAUCAUAGGCAUUUAAAAUAGCACUUUGCAUCUCCAGGGCUCUACUAUGGAAAUCCAUAUUGGACCACCCCUCUCUAUGCCACGAGGCAGCUGCUUAGCACCAGGGCAUCAGAAGCUGGCACUCCUCAUGCUGUUGUACCAGUGGUAGUGAAUCUUUAGCCACAGCAUUUCAUACUUCUCUCCCUGUUACUAUUAAAAGGCAGGACUCCCCUUCCCCCCCACUCAAGUACAAUAUGAAAUUACUUUUCUGGAGGUCCAGGUAUAAGAUCCAGGUAUGGUACACACUGUCACAGUCUUACAUUUACCAUCUGGGCAAAUCACAGCUUGGCAUCUCCAGUGACAGAUCAUCAGUGCAGCUGACUCACAAAUGCCUGGUGUACAGGGAUAGUGACUGAGGAUGUUCCAGUGGAAGCCUGAUGCCCAGUCCUUCUUCCUGCUGGCAGUAGAGAUGCCCUUCCAACACCAGAUUUCUCAGACACAAUUUGGGACACUUGAAGGGUGCUGUUGGAGGUGACUGGCCAUCAGGACCUGAUUGUGAUAAGGUACCCUGUGCCUUGUGUGUCCUGGUGCCUGAGGUUCCCUCAUGGGGCAUGUGAGGUGGAGGCCUUUUAUAGGCAGAUUCCCAUGCAGCAUAAGCAAGGGGAAGAUCUUCCCAUUGUCCAGUUUUCCCCCUGCCUUUCCCUGCCCGAAUCCCUGUUACUGCAGGUGCAGCCCAGAAGGCCACCCCUGGGGGAGCUGGGGUGUCCCUCACCAGGAGCAACCUGCACUUACUCAGCCUGCUUUGCUGAUGGGUAAAUCAGUUCGUUGAUGAACUCCAGAGAGCCCUUGAUGGGCCAGGGGUGAAAUUCUGAUCCUCAUUGGGUAAAAGCUGGAAUAGCCCCUUGAAGCCAACUGAACACUUUGAUUUAUGCUAGGUAAGAGGCUGGCCCUUUGCUUUCAGGGGAGCUUUGCUGAUUGAUGUUAGUCUGGGCUUUGCCUCUGAAUCCCAGCAGAGCUGAGUUGGUUCACACCAGCUGUAGGGCUGCCCCUUAGACUCCAGUGGAGCUCUGCUGUUUGCCCCAUCUUAAGCCAUAUUAGGGCUCCCGAUAGGGCAGCAUUUCCCACAGCUGUCAAACCCAACCCAAACUGGACCCAGCUGCUGAUCAUGUGGUCAGGGAAGUGAAAAAUAAUGAACACGAGUUGGCUGCCACGCGCUUAUCCACCCAGUGCAUGUUGCUUCCCUGUCACUUCAGUGUAGCAAGCAGAGAGGCAAAUGCCGUGCACUAGCUGACUGCUGCAGGGCCUAGUACAUGAAUGGUAUUUGGGCCAUGUGAGAGGUGUACUGUCCAGCUGGAGCUGGUGUUUGUGUUCAGUGUUUCACCAGUGGUGCAAAGUCACAAGGAGAGCAUGAAGGGAGGGAGGAGGCUAGGGUUAAUGUGAAGGAUGCAUAUGGGCAUAGGUGUCAAGUAUGUAGGGGCCCAAGGACCCUGGCCCCCCUCAGCAAAAGGGUAGGGUGACCACCCAUCCCUAACUGGGUGGGACAGUCCUGAAAUGGGAACAUCAAGUUCCAGUCCUGGGCUGCAUGACUCUAGGACAGCAUUUGUCCUGGAUUCCCAGUAUUGUAUGAGUAUUUGAGUGAGUAUUCACAUGGCCAGGAAGACAGCCCCAGGCAGCAGGGAGGUCUAUGGGGAACGGGGCAGAUUGAGGCCCCCUUGGUGAGAGAGGAAGUGGGGCAGAGGCUGGGCCUGGGGGUGCUGCCCAGCUAGGGCACUGCUUGGGGCCAUGGGCUAGGGCAGAGAGCAGGAGAGCCACAGACAACUUGCCCAGGAGGUGGGGGAAGGCAGGGGGUGGCUCCCUGCUGCUGCAUGCACUGCUGGGAAGGAGGAAUGUGGGGAUCACAUAUCCCCAAGAUUUGUGCACGGUGCAGGCGUGGAUGCCGUCUGCCUGCUGUGGGCUUGGGGCUCCCUGCCCUGCUACCCUUCCCCUGGGAGCCCUGCACUGGCCCCACCACCAUGUUACGGUGCCCCCUGCUUGCUCAGCAGUAGCAGGAGUGGCGGUGUGGAGUUGUGCCCCCCGCUGCUGCCUUGCCAAGGCAAUGUCACUAGUGCGCAGCUCCUAGGGGGAGGGUAGGAGGGUGGGGAGCCCCGAGCCCGCAGCAGGCAGCCUGCAUCCGCCACCGUCCUUGCCACAGACUCUGCUCGGCUCUGCUCCAGCUGUGCCAUGGGAGAGGUUGUUGGGGGGCAUCAUCUUAGGCCCCUCCCCACCCCCAGAAAAAAUAAAAGUUGGUGCCUAUGCAUAUGGGAUUCAGCUACAACUAUUGAGUGAGAGAGGCCUUAUUUUGGGGCACUCCAGUAGCUGUAUAGACUACUCAUUUGGGGGUGUGACUGGAGGCCUGCUCCUGGGGUGAGGCACCCUAGGGCUAGUGGUGCUUCUGCAGUCAGGGGGAACUGCUCUCAGGGGGAAGCACUUACUGACACCAGAACUGGGCUGAAGGUCCAGGUGAGGCAGCAGGGAAGUGACUUGGAGGAGGCUGUAGAAUGCAGUUGGUCUCUUCUGAGUCAAGUCGCACCCUCCAGUGAGCUGCACUUCCGGCCAUGCGUGUAAGUCACGCCCCUUUUGCACAUUCACAGAAUGCCGCGGGGGAGUAGUGCCUCUGCCUGGUCCCUUACACCCUGGUCACACCACUGCUGUUUGAGCCAUUUUUCCCCUUACAUGCCUGAUGCUAGUAGGCUGGAGGUAAAGCUGUGGGCUAUGUCUGUUGGAGGUGGUGCCCACAAGGGAGUUUCCUAUUGGGGCCAGAUCUUUAGCUGGUGUAAACUGGAAGUGCCCAGGUCAAGAUCAGUGACCUGUUGCUUUACACCCCUCGGGGAACUGGCCCUUCAUUUUUACACUUCCCACCAAAAGCAAGUUCCCCAACGAUGUGUCUUCCUUCCUGGCUGCAGGGUCAGCAAUUGUUGUCUCCCUUCCUGCUGAAAGCUUCAGGAUUGGGCCCGGGUGAUGAGAAGAGCUGUGUGUGCACCAGCCCUGCAGCAGCCAGUGAAGAGGUUUCCAUCCCUGUUGUUGCUCCCACCUUUUGAAGCCUUUUUCUAACCUGGCCUAUGGCCUAAACCUGGUCCCCACGUGCUGGAUUGACUCCUGGUGACAUCCCUCUGUGCUCACUGGUCUCUUGAGGGUCAAAGCCAGAGCAUUGAUGUGCUGGAGCUCAUAAUACUGUGGGUCUGUCAGUACUUUGUAUUGUUCUCCCUCCAGCCAGGCUCACUCAGGCGGUGCUAGCUUCUAAGCAAGUGAUUUUAACUUACUGACGUGAAGAUGGACCCUGGGAUGCUCUGCCCUCCCAACUGGGAUGGGCAGUCUGACAGGAGAGGUUCACUUGCUCUGGGAUUUCCAGCUGGGUUUGUCAGUGGAGUCAGGGUGGUUAAUGUAAUUGUGAACCGUUCUUACCGCAGGUAUUAAUGAAGAAUUCACUCUGGAAAGCCACAGGCGCAUUGAAGAAAGGAAUUUCAUCCCUAAUGUAGACAUUAGGAGACUUGUAAAAUGUAGAUUGCAUGUUCCAGAAAUGAUCAGACGACUGCAGACCAUAGCAGUGGUUUCAAGCUGUCAUUCUGUGAUACUGUGUCUAUGUGUAUACGUGUAAUGUGAGCUUCCCUUUGGGUCUUCUUUGAUACACACUGGGUGCAUCUGCACAUGCAUUAAGGUGCUUUAAAUUUAGUACGUUCAAUGUGAGGUACAAAAGAAAUGUGCACUAGACUGCCUUAAUGCAGAGUAACAAAUGUUAUGAUUUCUAAUUGAUCCUUAAUGCUUAGUAACCUACUUUACUGAACAUUGGCAUAAUUGCAGUUUUGUACAUGAUGUUUUAAUGUGCAAUAUAAUAGUCUACUGCACAUUAAACCGCAUGUGUAAACGCUUCCACUGAAACCUGGUUUAAGUCACCCAGGAGAUUUGCAAAAAGUUUGAUCAGUAGAUUAAAGUCUUUAAAGUCUUUAAAUCCAGGUCAAAGAAACUGACUUGGAAACUGACAAUAGCUUUGAAAUCCAGCCAGCGCUGGCGUGUUGAGUGAGCGUGAUGGGGAAGACAGCAGAGUUCUAAUCUACUGGUGAUAAGAAUUUAGAUCUUAUCCUCAUGCCUCUGACCUUGCACUAAUCUGAGCUGCUUUCCCUCAUGUCCCCUUGCUCCUGUCUCUUAGGUAACAUUGGGUCUAUGCAGCUUUUCUCUGCAUCUCUUGUUACAGAUCCCAGGUUAAAUCAAACGCAGUGCGGAGGGACGGUAACAAUAGCAACAAACUCCAGGCACAGCCUUCAACCUUCAGAGCCUCCUUCCUUCCAGUGCAGCCCCAGACAUAGUGCUGUGGUCUGGGCCUGUCCUCUUGGCCAGUUGAGAUGAAACAAGCUGCUGCCACCUUUGUGUUUCUGCUGCAGUGAGUGUGCACAAAAAUCUAAGCCGCAAGGAGAAAUAGCUUCUGAAAUUGGCUUUCCAGGCUUCCAGUGAGGAAGCAGGGGAGUCCUUGGCAUCCCCAGAACCCGCACUGGCCUCCCCCAACUUAGUCACCUGCAGAGGAGACAGGAGAGUUUCUUGUGUUUUGGGGGCUGCCCCUUCCCCCCCACAACAAAGUGCAGUUAUAGCCAUGUAGGCCUGGACUUGCUCUGCUCACUACUGGAUACAAGCUUCGCCAUGAGACCGCUGUGCACGUCCUUAAUCUAUGUCCUGGCUGUCUUGGGGCUGGAGGCUGUAAUGCAGAAGGAGUGUGAGAUCGUAGGGAUUCUGCAGGACAAGCUGAAGUACAAGGAACGGCUCCAGUACAUGAAGUACUAUUUCCCCCUCAACUACACCGUGACUGUGCAAUAUGAAGAGGUGCUCAGGACAUCCAAUGUCAGCAGGCUGCGAGAUGAGGCCAUCACGGAGCCAUCACUGCGGUACCUGUGGUUCCACGUGAGCUCCCAAGUGGUGCUGAAGAUCCGCGACGUGCUGCCAGAGCAACACCCGUCCUGGAGCUACACGCAGGAGCUCUGUGACCUUCUUGAGGGCCUGGGCGCGGAGUACGAGAAGUACAAGCAGGGGGAUAUGGAUAUAGUUGUUGCUGACCUGGUGAAGAGGAUUCAUGACGCUGAGGCAGGGAGCAACAGGAAGCCUGUGAGACCCAAAGCACUGCUGGAUAACUGCGUCAAGGUCAUGAGGAUGCUGUACAGCACUCCAUGUAAAUGGGAUUCUGCCUAACAUUGCAACGGAAGCAUUACCAUCUCCUUUACCUCUCCAUGCCUUCUUUGGUCUCCAUAGUGUCUUCGGCCCUCUCUUUCAUGCUCCACGAUCCCAGCUUCUAUGUAGUGCUGUGGCUCUUGUAUGUCCCCAGGGCCCAGAUGAAGCCAAUAUGUUCCAAAGCAUGAUCCAAGAUGUGCUACAGUCAGAGCAUUGAUUUGCCGUCUCAACAAAAAUUGAGAGUGAAGGAGAGGUGUGAAGACCUUUAUCCACUAGUGCCACAUGAAGGGCUUGGGACAUUUCCCUGGGCCUGAGAAGUCUGGGAAGGGAGCAGCUUCUUCUGCCAUGACUAAAACAAAUCCACCUCUUCUUUCUCUUGUGAGCAGCUAAUGGCUACCCCUCUUGAUAUUUGCCACAAUAGAUCCCUGAGGAACAGCUCUACAAUAGCAAUGGCAACUUGUUUCAGUUUGAAGGCUUGUCCCAGAAGUGAGUUAGUCAUCCACGUGAAGCUCCAUGGUUCUGAGAAGAGGGCCUGACAUGGCCUGGCAGUGAUGUGUAUGCAUACUCUGUUCCCCAUCUUGAGUGAGGAAGGCCAGCUGCAUCACACUUCCAGAAUACGUAUUUGGGGUAGGGCCACAACAGCAGAGAGAGCUGCUAAGGGAUGCUGAACCUCUACUGGAUGCACUCUGGAGAAUGCUGGUGACUGGGUUGUCAGGAAUAUGCCAAGAUCCACACACUUCACACAGAGCCACCAUACUUCAAACGUCACUGCUCAGUCUUAUCCCACCAAGGAAGGAGAUAAUGACUUGGCACUGUCCUUGAAAAAGGUGGUAUCAAUCCAAGGCAGGAAUAAAACAUGUUGUCUUGGACAACUUGUGUGAGGGACCACACACAGCAAUGCCUCCCAUUCCUCCCUAGUGCUAGGGCAUGUGACUGGGCAAAGGCCUGUGAUGGUCAGUGCAACUGGCAGUAGCAGCAGUGACCAACAGUGACUUUUCCUACAGCUUGUUGUGUUGUGCUCCCCUCUGGAGUGAGCCAGUUGGUGCAGGAACCAUAAACCUCCAGCAAGUGUCAUGCGUGUUGCCCAUCCCUCUGUCUAAUCUGAUUUCUGAAGUGCCUGAUGUUGUAACUAAGCACUUUAAGCUGAGGCCAAGGUCUGGGGCCCUGUCUGUUCUCUGACUUGGUUCCAGGUUGAGCUUGGGCAGCAGGAUGUAUGUCUCCCUGGGCGAACAUCUCCUUUCUAUCCUCAAUGAUGUCACUCUGUUCUUUCUUUCAGUGUUGCCAACUGCUCUGAUAUAUCGCGAGUCUUAUGAUAUUUUGCCUUUCCCUAAAGCUCCAACACCAGGGGUCUCAGCUUUCAUUAAAAUGUACAUUUCCUGCACUUGUGGUUGCAGAUGCACUUGAAAAGCUGUCUGCUAAAGGCUCAAAAAAUACUAAAAAUCAAUAAAAAGCCAAUACAGAGCACUGAAGAUUGCCA